GGUGUAGUGAAGGGGUAGGCGGCGGUUCGAGAAGCUUCCCUCGGUGACACGUCUUUUCAUUCGUUAAGUGUGGAACCUGGUGAUCUGCGCUUGCCAUCUGGCGUAUCGUACUGUGGAGGGGGACUCGGCUUUUCUUAACUGAUGACUGGAUCGGACUAAAACCUGUAUCAGUGCCAAGAUGUCAAAGAGGCCAUCCUAUGCUCCACCCCCUCCCCCUGCACCUACAACUCAAAUGCAGAAUACUGCAGGAUUUGUGGGGUACAACCCUUACAGCCAUCUGGCCUACAACAACUACAGACUGGGAGGGAGCCAAAGCAGCAACAGUCGGGUAACGAAUUCCUCUGGAAUAAAUAUACCAAAGCCACCCAAGCCACCUGAUAAACCACUGAUGCCAUAUAUGAGAUACAGCCGUAAGGUUUGGGAUCAAGUAAAAGCCUCCAAUCCUGAUCUGAAGCUAUGGGAAAUUGGGAAGAUAAUCGGUGGCAUGUGGAGGGACCUCACUGAUGAGGAGAAACAGGAUUAUUUGAAUGACUACGAAGCAGAGAAGAUUGAAUAUAAUGAAAGCAUGAAGGCCUAUCACAACUCGCCAGCUUACCUGGCCUACGUCAAUGCAAAAAGCCGCGCUGAGGCAGCACUAGAAGAAGAGAGCCGUCAGCGGCAGUCUAGACUGGACAAAGGCGAGCCAUACAUGAGUAUUCAGCCAGCUGAGGAUCCAGAUGAUUAUGAUGAUGGGUUUUCCAUAAAGCACUCCGCAGCAGCCCGUUUUCAGCGCAACCACCGGCUGAUUAGUGAGAUUCUCAGUGAGAGUGUAGUGCCUGAUGUGCGUUCUGUUGUCACAACUGCCCGUAUGCAAGUGCUCAAACGUCAGGUCCAGUCUUUGAUGGUUCACCAGAGAAAGUUGGAAGCAGAAUUGCUUCAAAUUGAAGACCGCCACCAGGAUAAGAAACGAAAAUUCAUUGAAGCCACAGAUUCGUUCACAAAUGAGCUCAAAAGACUUUGCUGUAUGAAAGUGGAAGUGGACAUGGAGAAGAUAUCUGCAGAGAUUUCUGCAGCAGAAGAGGCAGCCCGCAAACGGCUGGCUGAACGGGAGAAAGAUGCAGGCGACAGAGGAAGUAAAGAGGCCCCCACAUAUGUGUCAGGAGCAGCAGAAGAAGAAAAACAUGGCAAAUCCCAACCGAAUUCUCUCAAUGACAGUACCAACAAGGGAGGUGAGAACAAUGAGUUGAUCGGCAAAGAUCCAUCAGGGAAGCAGAAGGCCGCAGAGGAACUUCAAGACCAGCCAGGCAGCGAAGAGGGGGCCUCAGAGGACAAGGAGAGUGUCCUUGAGGGAGCCAUGGAGGAGGGAACCAGUGACAGUAACACAGGUUCAGAAACCACCUCUGCUCAGACAGAAGAUGCUCUGACCAGUGAACCAUCUGAGGGUUCCGGCAGGGCAAGAUCAACCCACUGAGACGCUCGCCUGUCUCUGAACUAUCGGACUGCCUUUUCAUCUGCUGGACACUCAAGAAGUUACCACCAACUAUGUCUUGUUUUACCCCAAAAGCAGACAAAACAAGAGAAACAAGUCUUUGCAGCUCAAGUCGGCACAGCCAUUGUUUGUAAAGUAGUGAACAACAGGAGCCUGUAAGAAGUAGCCAUAUAUUUUUUCACAGGAAGAACUGCCCAUAGCCCAUUUCGGCAAAUAUCAAUUCCUAACUCUGUCCAUUGCAAUAGAAAUCUGAUAACAUGUGAAACAACCUCAUGUGAAUCAAGUGUUACGUAGAUGUAACAAUGUUUUGUAGUGUGAUUAUUUUUUGUAUCUUUUUUUGUUUUGUUUUUUUUGUCCAUGUUUCAAUUCCCAAAAACUGUUAGUUAGUCGCAAGGAGCUGUGUGAUCUUGGCAGGAAACGCUUUUUACUACUUUUGUUGGUAUUAUGGUGACUGUCUCUGGAUUUUUUUAUGUCCCUAGUAGUAAAGUAAUAUGAGUUAGUUUCUGAUAUUGUUGUUAUCUUAGUCCAUCAGCAGGUAUUCGAUCUCUCACAGGAAACAGUGCUGUACAAAGAUCAGAUGAUAAACAGUGUUCUAAAGUUUGCUAGCAGUCGAAUUAGUCAAGAGCU